AUGGGCGAAGAUCAGGAAUCACGCGUAUUAUCCUCUGAUGUCGAAUUCAACGGCUCAGACCUACAUGAUGAUAUCAAGGGGAAGGGGAAAGGCCAGGGGCCAGCAAGCGAUGAUCCGUUUGGAUCUGAAGAAGUCGCUGAAGUCAAAUAUCGGACAAUGAACUGGUGGCAAUGUGGAAUGCUCAUGAUUGCUGAGAAUGUUUCUUUGGGAAUUCUAUCCAUCCCAUCGACAGUUGCAGUUCUAGGAAUGGUUCCUGCUGCCAUUUUGCUUGUCUUCUUAUCGACCUUGUCUUGGUACACUGGCUAUGUGAUCGGACAGUUCAAGAUUCGGUUCCCGCAUGUUCACAGUAUGGGUGACGCCGGCGAGAUCUUGUUUGGUCGUGUUGGACGGAUUGUGCUCGAGAUUGGCCAGCUAUUGCUCCUGCUCUUUGUCAUGUCAAGUCACAUCUUGACAGGAACAAUCGUACUCAGCACGAUCACCGAUAAUGGUGCCUGUGGCAUUGUUUUUGGUGUCGUUUCGCUAGUCAUUUGCUUCCUCGGUGCGCUACCACGCACAAUGGCCAAAGUAUACUGGCUAUCGCUUAUCUCCUUCGUGAGUAUCCUUACAACAACGAUAGUGACGAUGGUGAGCAUUGGAGUUGAAUCCAAAGACCCCAUUGAAUUCUACGCCUUCCGACAGGUCAGCUUCUACGAGGGAUUCCUCGCAUUCUGCAACAUUAUGUUUGGUUUCAUUGCUCAUGUCACCUUUUUCGCUCUCAUUGCGGAAACCCAAGAUCCAAAGACUUUCCCCAAAUCCUUAGCCAUGCUUCAAAUCACAGAUGGUGUCUUAUAUCUUGUAUCUGGCUUGAUCAUCUAUCGAUUUGCAGGCCCUGGUGUCAAAUCCCCUGCUCCCUCCUCAGCGGGUCCGCUCAUGAAGAAGAUUUGCUACGGUCUCGCAAUUCCAACGGUUUUCAUUGCCGGUAUCGUUGUUGGUCACGUUGCCUGCAAAUAUGUCUAUGUCAGGGUCCUGCGUGGAUCUCCUCACAUGCACAAGAGAAGCUUUGUGGGAAUUGGAACAUGGAUUGGAAUUGGAGGUCUUCUUUGGGUGCUUGCUUGGGUUAUCGCUGAGUCCAUUCCGGGAUUCAACAACCUUCUCAGUUUUGUUAGCGCACUGUUUGGAAGCAUCUUUAGUUUCGCACUUCCUGCUAUCUUCUGGCUUUACAUGAACAAGGGUCGGUAUUUCUCCACGACUUCAAAGGCCUGUCUCACCGUUCUUAAUAUUGUCAUAUUCGCAAUUGGCUGUUUCAUGUGCGGAGCCGGUCUUUACGUUUCAGGUCGGGCUCUUGAUGAGACUGCUUCCCACAACAGCUGGUCUUGUACCUCUGAAGCCUCCCGUGUGGAAAAAGCAUUGCUCUUGUCACUUACCUCAAAUUAA